AUGGGGAACAGUCCCUCCCAACCCCUCCGUGCCAUCUAUCCCUCCCAACCCGCCGUGAGAGCAGUCCCUCCCAACCCCGCCGUGCCAUAUGUCCCUGCCAACCCUGCCGUGAGAGCAGUCCCUUCCAACCCCGCCGUGCCAUCUGUCCCUCCCAACCCCGCCAUGAGAGCAGCCCCUCCCAACCCCGCUGUGCCAGCAUUCCCUCCCAACCUUUCCGUGCCAUUGAUCCCUCCCAACCCUGUCGUGAGAGCAGUCCCUCCUAACCCCGCCGUGCAAGCAGUCCCUCCCAACCCCGCCAUGCCAUCAGUCCAUCCCAACCCCGCUGUGCCAGUUGUCCCUCCCAACCCUGUCGUGCCAUCAGUCCCUCCCAACCCCGCCGUGCCAGCAGUCCCUCCCAACCUCAGCCGUGCCAUCAGUCCCUCCCAACCCCAGCCGUGCCAUCUGUCCCUCCCAACCCCAGCCGUGCCAUCAGUCCCUCCCAACCCCGCCGUGCCAGCGUCCCCUCCCAACCCCGCCGUGCCAUCUAUCCCUGCCAACCCCGCCGUGAGAGUAGUCCCUCCCAACCCCGCCGUGCCAUCUGCCCCUCCCAACCCCGCCGUGAGAACAGCCCCUCCCAACCCCGCUGUGCCAGCAUUCCCUCCCAACCUUUCCGUGCCAUCAGUCCCUCCCAACCCUGUCGUGAGAGCCGUCCCUCCCAACCCUGCCGUGCCAGCAGUCCCUCCCAACCCCGCCGUGCCAUUAGUCCAUCCCAUCCCCGCCGUGCCAGUUGUCCCUCCCAACCCCGCCGUGCCAUCAGUCCCUCCCAACCCCGCCGUGUCAGCAGAACCUUGCAACCCCGCCGUGAGAGCAGUCCCCUCCCAACCCAGCCGUGCCAUCAGUCCCUCCCAACCCCACCGUGCCAGCAGUCCCUCCCAACCCCGCCGUGCCAUCAGUCUCUCCCAACCUCCCGUGCCAUCAGUCCCUCCCAACCCCACCGUGCCAGCAGUCCCUGUGAACCCUGCCGUGCCAGCAGUCCCUCCCAACCCCGACGUGAGAACAGUCCCUCCCAACCCCACCGCGCCAUCUGUCCCUCCCAACCCCGCCGUGAGAGCAGUCCCUCUCAACCCCGCCAUGCCAACGGUCCCUGCCAACCCCGCCGUGAGAGCAGUCCCUCCCAACCCCGCCAUGCCAGCAGUCCCUCCCAACCCCGUCGUGCCAUCAGUCCCUCCCAACCCCGCCGUGCCAGCAGUUCCUCCCAACCCCGCCGCGCCAUCAGUCCCUCCCAACCCCGCCGUGAGAGCAGUCCCUCCCAACCCCGUCGUGCCAGCAGUCCCUCCCAACGCCGCCGUGAGAGAAGUCCCUCCCAACCCCGCCAUGCCAUCGGUCCCUCCGAACCCCGCCGUGCCAGCAGUCCCUCCCAACCCCGCCGUGCCAUCAGUCUCUCCCAACCUCGUCGUGCCAUCAGACCCUUCCAACCCCGCCGUGAGAGCAGUCCCUCCCAACCCCGCCGUGCCAGCAGUCCCUUUCAACCCCGUUGCUUAG